UUGACUUUGAGCCCGACAGAUGACGCAUUCGACAAUUGUUCGCGAGAUCGGAGAAAAACACAAGUUUCUUUCGGGCUAGAAUUUGUUAUUUAUUAUCUGUGAUCGCUAUCAUAGCAGAUUUAACUCGAUAGCACACUGCGCAAGCAACAAAUACAGUGAGGAUGAGUUUCUUUGGGAAGUUAUUUUCGGGGAAAAAAGGCGAACCAGCGCCGACCCCGAGCGAAGCGAUACAGAAGCUGCGGGACAUAGAAAAUAUGCUUACAAAGAAGCAAGAGUUCCUAGAGAAGAAAAUCGAGGUCGAGAUUGAUACAGCCAGAAAAAAUGGUACCAAAAACAAACGAGCGGCCAUCCAAGCACUGAAGAGGAAGAAGCGAUAUGAGAAACAGCUACAGCAAAUUGAUGGUACACUUUCGACGAUUGAAAUGCAGCGAGAAGCGUUGGAAAAUGCGAAUACGAACGCAGAAGUACUGAAAACGAUGAAGAAAGCUUCCGAUGCGCUUAAAGUUACCCAUAAGGAUAUGAAUAUUGAUGAUGUGCACGAUCUAAUGGACGACAUUGCCGAACAGAACGAUAUUGCGAACGAAAUAUCUAAUGCCGUAUCCACUGCCGUCGGUUUCGGUCAAGAUAUCGAUGAGGAUGAGCUGGAGAAGGAGCUCGAGGAGCUCGAGCAGGAAGAGCUUGACAAGGAACUGCUUGGAGUUCAGCCCGAAACCGACGAACUACCAGAAGUUCCCUCCACUGAUUUGCCCGCCAAGGCCAAGGAGAAGGAGAAAAAGAAAGCUGCUGUCGCCGAAGAAGACGAUCCAGACAUGAAGGAGUUGAUGUCAUGGGCAAACUAAUUCUGACUGGAUCAGGAGCAUUGAUAACAACCAGAGGAUAGAACUGCAAAACAAAAAAGUAUUCUUUGCAGUCAACUUAUGUUUAGUGAUUACCUUUUGUCAAAUAAUCCACUUACUUUCAUUUACAUGCGUUCGAUGCUAUAGGAUGAAAUCCGUUUUAAUUAGUUCGUCCUAACAGUGGAGGGGAAUGUCGCGAAAAGCCAUUUCCUAGCGAAACAGUCACAAGGUGUUUAAUUUUUAUGAAUUCAAGGUUCGAGACGCGUUCCACACCACUUGCUUUCGUUACUGCUUGUGUUUUAUAUAAACAGCAAUCAUUUGCAGUGCAUAGUGCAGCAAAAUAUGACGCUGUAUCAGAGGGAAAGAGUACCUAGAAUGCUCGUAAGAAUAGAUCGGAUGGAUGCAUGUGCCGCUAUGCGUUUGUUAGACGUUGGAUGAAUAAUCUAUGCAGUGUAACAAACUUCUGCAAAUAAAGUAUAAUAAAAAAAACACGUUGCAUGUGCUGAAUUGUAAGAACUA